AUGGCUAGUGUUCAAGAUAUUUCCACAUCAGCUGCUAUCAAUCUUUUGUCUGCAUUAGCAUUUCUUCUUGCUUUUGCAUUCUUAAGGCUCCAACCUAUAAACGACAGAGUUUACUUUCCAAAAUGGUACUUAAAGGGCAUAAGAGCCAGCCCCAGAAGUUCCGGGCCUUUUAUGAAAAAAUUUGUCAAUUUAGACAUCAGAACGUACUUAAAGUUUUGGACUUGGAUGCCUGCAGCAUUACGAAUGCCAGAGCCCGAGCUUAUAGAUCAUGCCGGGCUCGAUUCUGCUGUGUAUAUAAGGAUUUACCUUCUUGGACUGAAAAUCUUUGUCCCGAUUACCCUUCUCGCUUUUGCGGUGCUUGUGCCUGUCAAUUGGACUGGUGAAACACUUGUCAAUGUUAAGGAUUUAACAUUCAGCGAUAUCGACAAGCUUUCUAUAUCCAAUGUUCCUUCAGGAUCUCUAAGGUUUAUUACACAUAUUGUAAUGGCGUAUGUGUUUACAUUUUGGACAUGCUAUGUUCUUUACAAUGAAUACCGAAUUGUGAGUAACAAAAGGUUGCAGUUUCUAGCUUCCGCACAUCGUCAUCCAGAUCAAUUCACUGUUCUUGUGAGGAAUGUUCCUCCGGAUCCAGAUGAAUCGGUUAGCAAGCAUGUCGAGCAUUUCUUUUGCGUUAAUCAUCCCGAUCACUAUCUCACGCAUCAGGUCGUGUAUAAUGCGAACAAACUAGCUAAAUUGGUUGAGAAGAAGAAAAGUCUAAAUAAUUGGCGUACUUACUAUCAAACUCGGUAUGAGAGAAACCCAACCAAGAGGCCAAGGACAAAGACAGGUUUUUGGGGCCUUUGGGGAAAGCCUGUGGAUGCUAUUGAUUACUACACAGCAGAGAUUGAGAAGAUAAUCGAAGAGGAAAAUGCAGAAAGGGAGAAGGUAAUGAGCGACCCGAAGGCCAUAGUACCAGCGGCAUUUGUCUCGUUUAAAUCACGGUGGGGAGCAGCCGUUUGUGCCCAGACUCAGCAGUCGAGCAACCCAACCAUUUGGCUCACAGAUUGGGCACCUGAGCCGCGUGAUGUUUACUGGCCCAAUCUCGCCAUACCUUACGUCGAGCUUGCUGUGAAAAAGCUGCUAAUGGCAGUUGCAAUGUUUUUCCUCACUUUCUUUUUCAUGAUCCCUAUAGCCUUUGUUCAGUCCUUGGCGAGCAUUGACGGCAUUGAGAAGGUUUUCCCGUUCCUUAAACCAUUGAUCGAGGCGGACAAUGUGAAGUCUAUCGUUCAAGGUUUUCUUCCUGGUAUUGCAUUAAAGAUCUUCCUAAUACUUCUUCCUACAAUUCUCAUGACGAUGUCCAAGAUCGAAGGUCUCACUUCCCUUUCUUCUCUGGAUAGACGUUCGGCCGGAAAAUAUCAUUUGUUUUUGCUUGUUAAUGUCUUCUUCGGAAGUAUUGCCGUGGGAGCAGCUUUCCAGCAGCUCCAUAGGUUUCUCAACGAGAGCCCUUCAGAAAUUCCAAAAACUAUUGGUGUUGCUAUUCCAAUGAAAGCCACUUUCUUUAUUACGUAUAUUAUGGUUGAUGGUUGGGCUGGAAUAGCUGCUGAGAUUCUUCGAUUAGUCCCGUUAAUUAUGUUCCACCUAAAGAACACAUUCUUGGUUAAGACAGAACAGGACAGAGAGCAGGCAAUGGAUCCCGGUUGCAUAAGUUUCGCCUCGUGUGAACCUCGUAUUCAACUGUACUUUCUGUUGGGUCUCGUUUAUUCAGUUGUCACGCCGUUUAUUCUUCCCUUCAUAAUCGUGUUUUUCGCCUUUUCCUAUGUUGUUUAUCGCCAUCAGAUUAUAAAUGUUUAUGACCAGAAGUAUGAAAGUGGAGCUGCAUUUUGGCCUGAUGUUCAUCUUCGUAUAAUAGUCGGCCUAAUAAUAGCCCAAUUACUGCUGAUGGGCUUGUUGAGCACGAAGGAAAUUGGCCCAUCAACUCCAGUGUUGCUCGUGCUACCCGUAUUGACCAUUUGGUUUCAUUAUUUCUGCAAAGGCCGUUUCGAGUCAGCUUUUGUCAAGUUCCCACUGCAGGAAACAAUGGUGAAGGACACGUUAGAAAGGGCAACCGAGCCAAACUUGGAUUUGGAAGCUUAUUUACAGGAUGCUUAUUUACAUCCUGUGUUCAAAUCUUUCAAUAUUGAGAGGCCAUCUGCAGCAUUAUUUUUUGACGAGGCUGAGAAUAAUAGUUCGAUUGUCUCGACUAAGAGAAAUUCUCAAAGGAGCAGUAAAGCUCCUUCUGCUGGCAUGACUCCUGAAGUCGUGCUAAGAUGA